CGCCCACCUUGGGGGAGGGGCCCAGAGCUUUCAGGAAGGGGGCGGGUCUUUACUCGUCUCCCACGCGUCUAGGACCUGUGGGAUUGUUGCUGCCGGUGCCGGGCGGCGAUUCCCACGUGGUGGGUUUCUUCAGCUAUCCUUCCCGUCUGGUUCUGCUGGACUUCCCGGGCCUGUGGGCCCGCUUCCUGCAGAGAUGCCGAAGGUCAAGUCUGGGGCGAUCGGCCGCCGCCGGGAGAGGCAGGAACAGCGCAGGGAGCUGAAGAGUGCUGGAGGACUCAUGUUCAACACUGGGAUUGGGCAACACAUUUUGAAAAAUCCUCUCAUUGUUAACAGCAUUAUUGAUAAGGCUGCUUUAAGACCAACAGAUGUGGUGCUGGAAGUUGGACCUGGAACUGGCAACAUGACUGUAAAGUUGUUAGAAAAGGCAAAAAAGGUAGUUGCCUGUGAACUUGACCCAAGGCUAGUAGCUGAACUUCACAAGAGAGUUCAGGGCACGCCUCUGGCCAGCAAACUUCAAGUAAUGGUGGGAGAUGUGUUGAAAACUGAUUUGCCAUUCUUUGAUGCUUGUGUGGCAAAUUUGCCUUACCAGAUCUCUUCUCCUUUUGUCUUCAAGCUGUUACUACACCGACCUUUUUUCAGAUGUGCUGUACUUAUGUUUCAAAGAGAAUUUGCUCUCCGACUAGUUGCAAAACCUGGAGAUAAGUUAUACUGCAGACUUUCAAUUAACACACAACUAUUAGCACGUGUGGACCACCUAAUGAAAGUUGGAAAGAAUAACUUUAGACCACCACCCAAGGUUGAAUCCAGUGUCGUAAGAAUAGAACCUAAGAAUCCGCCACCACCCAUCAAUUUUCAGGAAUGGGAUGGCCUCGUAAGGAUCACCUUUGUCAGGAAAAACAAGACUCUUUCUGCUGCAUUUAAAUCAAGUGCAGUGCAACAGCUACUGGAAAAAAACUAUAGAAUUCAUUGUUCAAUCCAUAACACUGUAAUACCAGAAGAUUUCAGCAUAGCAGAUAAAAUACAGCAAAUCCUAACCAGCACAGGUUUUAGUGACAAACGGGCCCGUUCCAUGGACAUAGAUGACUUCAUCAGGUUGCUACAUGGAUUUAAUGCAGAAGGCAUUCAUUUUUCCUAAGUGGAAAACAGAAUUUUUCAAGGUCAAGAAAUCAAUUACGUAUUUUCAAUAUUUGAGAAAAUGAACCUUGCCUGUGCUCUAUAUAGAUCAUUAAUACUAUUGUUGUCACUGUUUAUAAUUCUGAAUUUUUAAGGUGGUCAUUUCUCAGUGCCUAAGUUUGUUUGGUAUGGGUUUGUUUUAAUAGAUAAUAUAGGGCAGGGUCCAAUCUACUCUCAUAACCUUCAAGUUUAAGAGCCGCAGAUACGCACAACUUUAUAAAUUUAUCAUCUCUAACAGUUUAUCAUAGAUGUUACUCUUCUAUUUACUGUGUUAUAACCGUGAGGCCCUCUUACUUCAGCUGUGUCCCUCAGGUAGUAAAAACAUUAAAAUAUGCUUCACUGGUCACAUAUUUCCCAUACCAUUUCUUGUUAUUUACAUGUACAGUAAAACAAUUGUCUCUUCAA